UCUUUUUCUCAUUCAAGUUCGAGACACUAAAGAUAACGGAUCGUGAAAUAGCGGUGGCAGUGGUAAAUAAGCAUUUUUUUAUUGUUACCACAUCAAAGAAAACGAAAAAUAGAAAGUUCGCGAGUUAUUGUAAACCGGUUAUAAAGCAUUUUUGCCAACGUUGUCCAGAAGAAACAAACAACUGAACUGCAGCAAAUUCUAAAUACGUUCUGUGUUUUGCGGUGAUUUGUGCUGUUGGAAAAUUUUCGCUGCGCAACUGGGAGAAAGUUUGAUGUAAAUAGAAAGACGACAAAAUCUUAUUAUCAGCGACUCGGCAAGUGAUCUGACGAAAAGUAUUGAUUUUUACGCGUGAAGCUAUUGCGUACGUGAUACGCUGUACGAAUUGCGUCACGGAUUGUUAGUGCUUGCGAGCCAAAAAAUCUACCUGCUAAGGAACAGUUUGAUUUAUCUAGUGAAAAAAAUAGAAGAAAUACCGCAAUAAAAUGGCUUUUAUGAUGCCAGUGAUGAAAAAUGAGUUCGAUAUCUACAAGGGUCGCCAGCGACCUGUUUCCGAAUGUUCCAACCAAAGCUCGUGCCAUUCACGCAAGAUUUCCGAGAGCUCACGCUCGGACUGUCCCAGUUUGUCAACAUCGCCGGGCAGCGAGUUCAUGGCUGGAUCACCGGCCCGUCAUCGCAGUCAUCCGAUGUACAUGUCACAUCUAGCUUCAAGACCGCAGUUUUCUCGCAAUUCGUCGCGUACAUCGCAGACAUCGUUGAUUACCAGCCCGACAAAGGCGAGCACCGGUGACAGCCCGAAGCCCGCUUCCGGAAGCCAGAGCAGCUUGAAUAAGUUCCACACACGGUUGGUAGACAAGCUGCGAAAAUCGUUACGGAAGAGCAAAUCUUCCGACGGCCGCUCAUGAGAAGACACACCAAUAUCCGGCAGUGAACCUCCGGACGCCGAUACGGAUCUACAAAAUGACGAGGAACGCGUGGGAGACGGGGAACUGGCGCUAUCGGAUAGUGUACUACAAAUCGCAUCCAAGCCGCCACUCCCCAACCGUUCCGGUACACCGCAGCGAGCAAGUCGAAGCAGUGGCAGAGGACGGAACCGAUCCAGGCGUGGUACACUCAGUGCUCCGAGGUAAUUUCUAGCCGCGAGACGGGGAAACGGAACCGAUUUCGUUCAGGAUGGUGUACAGAUUUUGUUCUUUGUUUUCAAACUCCUAUGAAAGUUAUAUGUAAGUGUAUAUUGACCAAAAUACCAAUAUCAGAAUAUCAUCCAGGUAAAACGGGUGCCAUUGGAAACUUUUUUAAAAGUAAUAAUUUAUCGAACGACAGGGAAGCAGCCCACAAUUUAUGUAAUCUAGAAUCUACACGUUAAAGUUAGUGGAAAGUGGCAAGCAAACUAAAAAGCAGCAGCUUUGAACAAAAAUGCACUACGCACUAGAUUUGUUUAUUGGGGCUUUCGGUAGCGUUUUUGUCUCUAUUGUUUUUGCAAUUUGUAUCUAAGACUCCGCACAAUGGUAGACAUAUUUUAGUUCAAUUGUGGAAAUAGUCAAUCGGUUUUUGGUUCGAUAAGCUUCGUUGCUCUAAAACUACCAACUAAAAAUGGUGUUCGUCCAAGCUGAUUUGUAACCGAACCGUGCAGCAUAGCAAAAAAACGCAAACCGGUCUCUUACGUAAUCCUAAGUCAGCAACAGACAAGCGUACAGUUUGGAGAAUGAGUAAACAUGUGCAUCAAUAAUCGAAUAUUCUAAACCAGUUAUAAAUCACAGUAAGCAACAAACAAAACGAUAGCAAAAUCGUACUAAAAAGGGUAUAUUGCAAAAUCAUCUAAUCCAAAUCUGUGAUAUGUGCUUAAUACACAUAGAUUUUAAUUAGAUAUCUAAAAACGAAGCAACACAUAAAUAUACAAAAACAAAAACAAAAUUUUACUCAACCAUGAUCAGCCGAAUAUUUGGGCUAUGCGUGUAGACUUAAUUGCAGAUGUGUACCUUCGAUGUUUUGCUCGAUGAGAUCGAAACAAUAGGGUCUAUCAGGACGUAACACUAAUUAAGCUAUCCACACGCAGGCACUAUCAUACACACACAUACAUUAAUCAUUGGAAAAAAUAAUACUAGCUGUGAUUCUAAAAGCAACCAGAAAGAACGAGUUACUUUAGUGCUUGUACCAUUUUUGUUUUCCUUUUCGUACGGUCAGUAGGUGGUUGGGUUGUGGAAUCACUGAGUGAGCGAGUACGUAUAACGUGCAUCAGACAGUCACGUAGAUAAAAUUUAAACCAGUAAACUAUGCGAAGGAAAAAAAAAUCAAAAGAUAAGCAUCCACCUCACAGACAACGGGAAAUGAACUGCCGGUUAAGGAACUUGGGUUCUCAGUCAGCGGGAAACGUUGAACCUUUCUUGUCUGUGACUGGUCGCGUAUGCAUAUAUACAUAAAUAUUUACACGAAUACAAGCAUGUGGAAUUUACAUAUUCGUAUAUACUUACUCGCUACCUUAACAGGAAUUGAUGUAUGUCCAUGUUCGAGCAAGCUAUGCAAUAUCCAGCUACAUUCAUGUUUCUUACGGUGGCAUUUGUUUUUUUUUUGCCAUUGGUCGUACGCUACCUACCUGUUAGCAAUAUUCAGAUUGCAGAGACCAUUGAAAGCCGAAAUAUAUAAAUCUGUAGAAGCUAUUUCGUUAGCAUAUUUCUUGUUGAACCGUAGUAUUAAACUCAGAUGAUCGAACAAAAGUAACAAAAAAUCAAAUCUUUGAAAUUAAAACAAAAAAUAUCACGUGAAUAUAAGCUUUAUAUUAAUUCAAGACUGCUGCCUAGAUUUAAACCUUUAAUUUAUACGUUAGUGAACCUGAAAGUUACUAUUCUGUAUUUUAUUUCUGCAUACGAAUUUAGGAUUAAGUUUCUGUAGCCAGAAUAGCAAUGAUGAUUUUUUAGAAAUUGUAGUAAAUAGCAAUCACUCACAUUAAACACACAGUGUAUUACCAUCAAAUAACAGCUUAAGCGUGUCCGCUGCUGUAAACGAACACAGGGAGCAUCAGCUCCGCUCCUAAUUUCCUUCUCCACAUUUAGCGAACCAUAGCAAAACAUUCCAUUUUGCCAAAACAAACAAGAAACUCAGAGGGUGAUUGGUAGAGGAAUAUUAUAACUCUCUUCUACGAGGAAAGAACAAUAUCGUCGCCUAGGUUAACUAGGUUGCUACUCGUUAUUUGAUUCAACGAAUAAAUUAUUCGAUUCGUUUUUGUAUGUGUUUGAAGUUUGCAGUAGUAUUAAGAAGAACAUUAUAUAAAUAUAUUUUAUAACGAUAUAUGACUUACCGGAACCUAUAUCUCUUAAGAACUACAAUAUCGACUAGUGUGUAAGACAUUUACUUCAAUAAACAUUUAAAUGAAAACAA